CCCUCCUCCCCAUGCUCUCCUCUCCCGCCUCCUCCGCGCGCUCUCAUCUCUCCGCUCCGCGUGCAGCCAGUGACUGCUGCUGUCUCGCGGCGUUUGGAGAUCCUGCACGCGCGCUGUAUGGAUGCUGAAUAUUUGGCGCUGCUGUAAACGCCGCACGGAAUCAACAUGUCCAACCCUCCGCACGACCCGUUCUACUCGUCCCCUUUCGGACCGUUCUAUCGGAGACAUUCACCGUACAUGGUUCAGCCUGAAUACAGAAUCUAUGAGAUGAACAAACGACUCCAGUCCCGGACAGAGGAGAGUGAUAGUCUGUGGUGGGAUGCGUUUGCUACAGAGUUCUUUGAAGAGGAUGCUACAUUGACCCUCUCCUUCUGCUUGGAGGAUGGACCAAAAAGAUACACAAUCGGGCGGACCCUCAUCCCUCGUUACUUCAGCACGGUAUUUGAGGGUGGCGUGUCAGACCUCUACUACAUCCUGAAACACUCCAAAGAGUCCUUCCACAACUCCUGCAUCACUGUAGACUGCGAUCAGUGCACCAUGGUCACGCAGCACGGAAAGCCCAUGUUCACCAAGGUGUGUACGGAAGGCAGGUUGAUUCUGGAGUUCGCCUUUGAUGAUUUGAUGAGGAUCAAGACGUGGCACUUCAACAUCAGACAGUAUCGGGAACUUAUCCCACGGAGCAUUCUCGCCAUGCACGCACAAGACCCUCAAGUCCUGGAGCAGCUCUCGAAAAACAUCACCCGCAUGGGAUUGACCAACUUCACCCUCAACUACCUCAGGUUGUGUGUCAUUCUGGAGCCGAUGCAAGAGUUAAUGUCUCGACACAAGACCUACAACCUCAGCCCGAGAGACUGUCUAAAGACCUGUCUGUUUCAGAAGUGGCAAAGAAUGGUGGCUCCUCCAGCUGGACAUCCACAGAACUUCAAAACGGAAAUUUUCCCCUCAAAUCACAAAAAAGAGCCCACUCGACAGACCACGACCAAGAGAAGAAAGAGGAAGAACUCCGCCAGCAGUGCGUCUAACAGUAGCCUAGGCAACAGCGCUGGCGGCAAGAAACGCAGCCCUGCCAACAACUUCAAUCUGACCAGCCAGGAUGUGAUGGUGGUAGGUGAGCCCACUCUGAUGGGCGGGGAGUUUGGCGAUGAGGACGAGCGUCUGAUCACGCGGCUAGAAAACACACAAUACGACGCCACCAACGGUCUGGAUGAUGACGACGACUUCACAAGCUCGCCGGCGCUCGGCAACAACAGUCCCUGGAACAGCAAGCCGCCCACAGGGCAGGACAGCAAGCCAGAGAGUACGGCCUCACAACCCUCCCAGUAGGAGACAACAUGCGCAAUACCCUGUUAAACCACCAGGGCGGCGCACUCUCUUGCUCUCUCUCUCUCUCUCUCUCUCUCUGACCUCACUUUUUACCCUCGAUGAUGUAAAUCCCAUGUCAUGGUGUUAAUGAUGUCAUCCAUUUUCACCAGAAACUGAUGGUUCCACUCUGUGUUUUGGGUAACAUUAAAGAACUUCACUGACCAAACUUUGGCAGCAAUAUUUGCUCACUGGAUUUUUCUGAAAGCCAGGCUACAAAGCAGUGCAAGAAUUGUGACUCUUGGAGGAACUUGACUUUAUCAAGGCUGAAUGAGCGAUCUGAAUUAACAGAGACCUGAAUUUGGGACAACUUUAGCCCAAUAAUCAAUGUAAAAAAAACUACCAUCUGUCUCUCAGUUCAUCACAUUUCUGCAUAGUGACUCCAGUUGGCAAACAUACUCGACGUCUACCAAUUGCUGAAGAGAUGGUCAUGUUGGCUGUCUUCUAACUGGAGACUGGAACUGCAGAGUCAUCCACCGAGACCAAUCCCUGAACAUUUGCAUUUUUAUUGGAAAUUCAUUUGGCUAUUGUCUUUUUCCGUCUGCUUUCAAUUAUAAGUGAACCGCCUUGCGUUUCUUCAAAACAACAGACUGUAUUAACAAAGACAGCUUGUAUAGAAGAAAAAACAUUGUCAGUUACCAUUUAAAGAUUGUACUUUAUUUCAAAUAUUCCUAUUUGAUUUUAGACUCAAUGUGUUAUUUUAUUAAUUUGUGAUUAUUAUGUGUUCUCCUCGUACUGUAAGAUUAGGAGUUACUUUUUUUACAGGCAGGCACAUAUGAAAAGCAUAUUUGUCCAUCUUUCGUCUCUCUCCCUGUACUGACUUAUUUUCAAAAUGCAAUAUGCUAUGUUUAUGCAUGACAUUUCGAAAUCGGUAACAUGUUUAUUCCCAGACUUUUGAGGUCAUGCUGGACUUUGGUUAUCAAUUUGAAAGCACAGUAACCAGGGUUUUGACUUUGACAAUAAAAAUGCAUUCUGCUUCAUCUGAUGUCAUUGAAGUUGUCAAACCUUGAUGUAAACGACAGCUAUUUUGACAUUUACGACUUGUUUGACUUUCUGAUUAUAAUGGAUUUCAUACUCAGGAAUGAACACCAUACUGAGAAAUGAGAAUGUUAAAUACAUAUUACUGUAAAUCCAGCCACAAAUAUUCUGUUCAUUAGCUUUGUAUGGGUUGAAAUAACAUUCAUUAUGUCAAGCUUCACACUGCUUUUACUAUGUAUGAAAGCAGGCUUUUUAUCUAAAAAUCAUCAUUCUAAAAAAUGCAGUGCCCUUUUAGCAACUUAUGUGAUCACUUUCAUACAGCUUUAUGUAAUUUAUGUAGUUAGAUACUUUACAAAAAGCCCUCUUUUUCCAUAAAUUGUACAUUGGGUUUGUAUGUUUCUUAAAGUCCCUUUAAAAGUUGCAGACAGUGUGCUUCAAUUAUUGAAAGGAAGAUUGUGAUAAUGAUGAUGAUCAGAGCCAAAUAUUUCUUUUUUAAUUAGUUUCUUUGUUUCUGUAAUUGUAUUUCCUGAAUAUUAUCUCAGAGCCUGAGAUAUUUCCAAAGCCAACAAAAUGACAAGACACAAUAUCAGCCACCCACCGUUUAAACCUUGUAUUAUUGAAACUCUGCACAGUUUGUAAAAUAUUUAGCAGAGGUUUUUUUUUUUGUGUGUGUCAUAUCCAAAGUCUUGUAUGUAUGCUUUGCCAUUUUGUGUGCCAAUAAAUUGUGCUUACAAAACUGU